AUUAGAUUGAUGUGAAUUUGUCAAAUUGAAAAUUUUCCAUUCCUAUAUAGUAUUGAAAUGCACCACAGAAGAGAAACUAUUCAAACAAAAGAUGAUGAAGAUUUACUAGAUGAGUUAUUAAACAAAACUAAUUGUGCACAUUUACAUUAUAAAGUACAAGAUUGCAUUGCCACAACUAAAGACUGGAGGAAGUGUCAAGCGGAAGUGAAAGAAUUUAGAAAUUGUAUUGAAAAAAACCAAAAACUUGCAAAUAAGAAUAAUGCAUGAUCUUUUUAA